CAAGUGUUUAUCCUUUAAUUAUUUUUGCCUUAGGGAUUUUACAGCUCAACAAAUAGAGCCACUCAGGUUCUGAGUGACUGAAGCUGGCAGAAGACAGAGCCAGUGGAGUGGAGUCAAUAAAAGGGCGCAGAUGACUAUAAGGCUCCCUGCCAUUGGCCUGUCUUAAUCUGCAGUCAGAGACAGGCAGAGGAGGUUCAAAAAAAGAAGAUCCAAAUUCUCUAUCCUAUAUAGGGGGCUGCAUAAACAAUUCCUGUAAGAAGGGAACACCGAUUGAUCUCCGCUAUUAUACCACUAUCUUCAGAUGGAGUUCACCCUUCCGGACUCAGCUAUGGGGUGCCAGAGCGGGGACUCUGCAAAACCACGUUUGCGCUUCACUACCUGCCACCUAUUAGGCUCUGCCAACAGGGGGCGCUGGAGGGAGAUGGUGAGGCUGGAGGCAGGGCUUCCUGUUUGCUUCCUAUUUACUUCCUGCUUCCGUGAGCAUCACCAUGUCAACGCGUGUUUACUUCGGAGUGGUGGUUCUAUUAUCUAGCUGCAUGAACCUAGUUUACAGCAACGGCGGACAGAGACACCAGCCUCAUAACAGUUCUGAAUCUCAGCCUAGGGGCCUUCUUCUGAACUCAGAGACUCCAGCAGCAAUUGAGUAGUGUCCCCAUUUCAGAGGUCUUGAGUUUCAGCUUGUUGGCACCUUUCUUCCCAAAGUCUAAGUUUAAUAAUUUCCAUUUUGUUUCUUCGUUCUUCCAGCCUAGAGGUGGUAGCUACUUCCAGCAAUUGCUACUUCCCUAAUAAUUUAGUGUCUACCCUUCCACACCACACACAACUUUUCAAUUAUUUAUCUAAUUUUAUACCUAGUUAAGUUCUUUAUAUUAAAUUUGCUAUUUCAAAUGUUUGGCCAGGAAUGCUGCCUUUUUUGGAGUGGUGGGUUGGGGGAGAGGCAAACAAUGUCAGUGGCUUUGAAGAAGGCAUUUUCCAUGUUGUAUUGCCAAAACCACCCCAUGAAGCUCUCACUGAAGUCCAGCUGGCCAUAGUGUUAUCUAUUCUUCAGACAUUAGUGAGGGAGAGCUGCUGUCUGGAACCCUGGGGAUAUUUCUACAACGUACAGUUUAUUAUCAGUCAUGGAAAGAUAGGCAAAUGGAUUUUUUCUAGCAGUUGCCAUUUGAAGAACAGACUGGUUUUCAUUGACUUUUUUAAGUAAAAAAACAAAACAAAAGAAACACUCCUUGAGUGUAUUUUUAUUGCUUUACUCUUAAUGUUCAGGGAACAUGAGAGGAGUGAUACUUGGACUCCAGGCCAAAGGGGAAAAAAGCUUUCAAGUGUUUGUAUGAGCAUUGACAAGAGUUUAUGAAUGGUUUAUGACAGGAGAGCAUGGAUAGGAACCGGGCUGCCCUGGCUGAAAUACCUGCUUGUCUUCGCAGAUAUUGACGGCAUUUUUCCUGCCUUGCUCACUUCCCUGAAUGAUUUUGUUUUCUUGAGCAUAGGCUCCUGAAUGACAUAUUUGAGCUUGUUCUCUUAUCUGAGAGCAGGAAGCUGAAAGGCCAAUGAUAAAGCCACUUGCUGCUCUCUACUUUGCAGAAAUUAAGGAGUCGCCUGAGACCAUUUCGUGGACGCUUUGUGACUAUCAGAAAAUAUAUUUCAGGGAAGCUAAAAAGACCAGGGGAUAUGGUGUUCACAUUUGCUUCUAUGGAACUCAACCAGUCUUCCCUUGGAAACAGAAACAAACCCUGGCAAGAGAUCAUCCCUAAGUAGCAAAGAAGCUAUUAAAGGAUUCCAUCGUCCUCCUUCCCUGUGCCCAAACUCGACUGAUCUUCCAUUACAUGAAGAUGAUUUGGUGGAAGAAGAAACUCUGCCGGCAGCAUUACCUGUGGGCUCUGGGCUGCUAUUUCCUGCUAGCCAUUGUUGCUCUGAAACUUUCUCUCAGAUUGCAAUGUGACUUUGAUUCCCUGGAUCUGGAGUCCAGGGACUUUCGAAGCAAGCACUGUAGGGACAUCUUGUACGAGUCCCUGAAGUUGCCAGCAAAAAGACUCAUAAACUGUUCUCGAAUCACCCGAGGGGACCAGGAAGCAGUGACUGAGGCUCUCCUGGACAACCUGGAUGUGAAGAAGAAGCGGAAGCCUUUCACAGACACCGACUACCUCAACAUGACCAGAGACUGUGAGCACUUUAAGGCCCAAAGGAAGUUCAUACAGUAUCCACUCAGCAAAGAGGAGGUGGACUUCCCUAUUGCAUUCUCUAUGGUGGUACAUGAGAAGAUCGAAAACUUCGAAAGGCUGCUGAGAGCUGUGUAUGCCCCUCAGAACAUAUAUUGUGUCCACGUGGAUGAGAAGUCCCCAGAAACUUUCAAAGAGGCAGUCCAGGCAAUUAUUUCAUGCUUCCCCAAUGUCUUCAUGGCCAGUAAGUUGGCUCGGGUGGUUUAUGCCUCUUGGUCUAGGGUGCAGGCUGACCUGAACUGUAUGGAGGACUUACUCCAGAGCUCAGUGCCGUGGAAAUACUUCCUGAAUACAUGCGGAACAGACUUUCCUAUAAAGACCAAUGCCGAGAUGGUCCUGACCCUCAAGAUGUUGAAAGGGAAGAAUAGUAUGGAGUCAGAGACACCUGGGUCCAAAAUAUCUCGCUGGAAAUAUCACUAUGAGGUGACAGACACAGUAUCCAUAACCAACAAGAUGAAGGACCCUCCGCCUUAUAAUUUACCUAUGUUCAUAGGGAAUGCCUAUAUCGUGGCUUCUCGAGGCUUUGUCCAACAGGUCUUAGAGAACCCCAAAUCACGACAACUGAUCGAAUGGGCAAAAGACACCUAUAGCCCCGAUGAACACCUCUGGGCCACCCUUCAUCGUGCUCCAUGGAUGCCUGGCUCCAUUCCUUACCACCCCAAGUUCCACACCUCGGACAUGGCUGCCAUUGCCAGGCUGGUCAAGUGGGAGUACCACGAAGGAGACGUCAGCAUGGGGGCACCUUAUGGACCUUGCUCUGGAACCCACCAGCGGAGUAUCUGCAUUUAUGGGACUGGGGACCUGCACUGGAUGCUUCAAAGCCCUCACCUGUUGGCCAACAAGUUUGACCCCAAGGUGGAUGAUAAUGUUCUUCAGUGCUUAGAAGAAUACUUACGUUAUAAGGCCAUCUAUGGGACUGAACUCUGACAUACAUUAUGAGAGGAUUGCCCUGUGGGGCAGGAACAUGUGCAAACAUGCCCAGAUUGUGCUGGGACAACUGAGGGUUGGGAGACCAGGGCUCUGGAGUCUAUGGCAUCCCCCAGGGUAAGGGGGCUGCUACUGGAGUGGGUAAGUAGAGCGGCUGCCUUGCAAAACACUUCCCUGGAUGAACACUGAUGCUUCUGUCAGCCCACUCCAGUGGCUCCUCUGCUGUCUUUUUCACAGAGUGAGAAUAAGAACCAGUUAUUUGGGAGAGUCAGGGAUGGAAGUGUGGCAGGGACCCCUGGAUUUUAUUAGUUGAAUGCUUGGUGUCCAGAUUUUCUGUUCUUGGAGAUGCUGUUUCUAACAAUUCCAGGCUUGGUAGUGGGGAGGGGAAGUUUGGUGGAAAGAGGACCUUCUCUUUUGUACUAUUAAUUUAAAAAGAAAUAGCUCCUGAUUCAAAGCCCACCUCUACGUUUUGUCCGGUAAGCCAGAAAUAAAAGUUGAGACUUUCUCUCAUAAAUAUUGGUGACAUUUAAAAUCCCUGGUGGCUGGCAAGAGACUCUCCAUUAUUCCAAAAUGAUCAUGGCAGGCUAUCUCAAUAGCAAAUUCAAAAUAAUACAGAGGAGCAGAGAUGGUUUCUUUUAUUAUUAAAUGCUUUCCUGAUUUUGUUUACAUUGCCAGAUUCAUGACUUUGCUGUAAGGAAAAAUGCAGGGUGAUUUAACCAAUUUGACCACUCUAUCCUUAUGGGAAAAUUACAGCCCUAAUUUUGCCAGCUUCACAGCUAAAGCUUAACAUUCCAUAACCAAGGUAAUAGCUAUUGAGGUAAGGUCACUGUAUAAUUUAUUUUACACACUGGAACACACUGUAAGUGGGGGUGGCUGCACUAUUAAAAUUAUAUUGAGAAAGAAGAAUAAAUGAGGACUGUUUAGCUAAACCAGGAUGUCUGGUUAUCCAUGUUUUGGCCCCUUGAGUCCAAACUCUUGUUUAAGUACAUGAAUGGAAGGGUCAUUAUUUGUGGUUCUUUGGCUUAUACAUUUCCUUGUGGGGAAGACAGUUUUGUGUGUGUAUGGAUGUAUGCACUCCCUGCCCUCCAGAUGUUCCCCAGUGCAACAAUGAUCUCUGAAGCUCCAGAGAUAAAUGUCAGACAACUGGAAGGCAAUUGGCUAUUAGUGUGCUCUUCUGUGAUAGGCAAGGGACAUAAAAGAUAGGCAUAUCUUAAAUAUAGUGCAGUUGAACUGCAUAAUGUGCUUUGAAAAAGUGAUUUAUGUACACAUUAAUUGGUGUAAUUUGAAUGAUGUUCCCAUGGAUACGUCGUGAUAUUGUGUUUCUUCACUUCUGAUUAUGAUUCCGGUAACACGUUUUCUUUCACAAUUAGCUUUCCCUGCAACCCAUGUACUCUGACAUAUUUAUCACUGUGUCUGAAACAGUGAAUUUCUGUUUAUAAGUUAGUGAUUGCUUUUUAUAAGGUUGUACUCCUUUGGUAAUGCCACCAGCUUACCAGUAUCAUAAUAUUGAGUCCUCUUCACUUCCCUCCCAGCCCCACCAUGGACAUGAGUGAUGAACAGUCAUGUGCUCAGCAGAUGAGCCCCUGCUAGUUCUGUUCCCAGCAACGGUGAUCAUGGACCUUUCUUUCCACCUACUAGCCUUUGAGAUUGCCCUUGGUCCUCUGGGGAGGGGGCGGGGGUGCACUGCUGUUGUGGGAAGUGGGCAGAAAAGCUUUCCUGAAUGCACCUGUUCUGAGAAGAGAACUUGGGCCUUCGGCGUUGUACUCAACUUCCUCUGUAAGUUUUAAUGUGAAAUAAAUUAUUUUUUACAUAAAUAAAACAUUAAAAUGUGAACUUGUCAUUUUGGGGGAACAAGUUGCUGGAAUUUUCCAAGCAUUGAAAUUUUCUCUAGAAAUACAUUCAAGUGAAUAAAAAGUGCUCUUUAUUUAAUAAGGUCUUCAUAUCAGAAGGGUGGAAUUUCUCCCUCAUUUGUGUAGUGUAUUUUAGACAUCAUACAAUUAAACCAACACAUCUGUUGAUUUUUCCUUCCCUCUGAGUCAUCUGUUUCUUUAACCUUUCUUUGUAAAGGAAACAUCUUAUAAAUGAUUGGAGCAACUAUAUUUGUAUUACCUCCCAAGGUUUGAAUUACCUUUUAUUUAUGGAGUAUUGGUAAGCAUUGUUUUAAUAACUAUAUUUUGUUGCACACUUUGCCUAUUGUAAUCUUUGUUCUUCUCUUGAUUGAGUGAAUUUUUUUUAAGAAAGGAAGAACACGCAGUUGAUAGUCUUGUUUGGGAACAGAUGACAUAACUUAUUUGGGGAGAUCAUGUAUUUGGGUUAAAAAUGGAGAGAACCAUUAAAUACAUUGCCUGCCUUAAAGUACCUUAAUUGAACUGAACAUUUGUUCUUCCAUUUAAUCAUUUAUUACAAAGAUGACUAAAAUAUGGCUUCUAUCUCUAUGCAACUUGAGUAUGACAAGCAACAACUCAUUUAUUGAUUCCACAAAUAUUUACCAGGUAUUGUUCUUGACACUGGGGGUAUAUAACAAUCAACAAAACACAAAAUCCCCAUGCAUGCUCAUGUUCUCAUGACCAUCAGCAUCCAGACACUUCUGAUUAUGGCGAACUACUGCUUGAGCAACACUGACCAAAGUGUCCACUUGUG